AUGGCGAAGAGAGAAGCGGAUGCAAGCGGUAGCGCUAGCGAUUUGACCAACAGUAAUGAUUAUGGGGGUACCGUGUCCCCGAAAUCACCUGAAGACGAGAGAACGGAAGGUCCAUCAAGUCAGCAUGACCAGGACCUCAAAAGCGUCCUGGUUACCAGCAUUUUAAACCUGGAAAAGCUCGACGUUGACCUUUACAGAGGGACGCACCACUGGGUCCCCCGCACUCAGCGUUUGUUCGGCGGUCAAAUAGUCGGACAGGCCCUUGUUGCUGCUGCUAAAUCAGUCAGCGAUAAUCUCUAUGUCCAUUCUCUGCACUGCUACUUUGUACGAACAGGGGAUCCUAAGAUUCCAGUGCUGUACCAGGUGGAUCGCACAAGAGAUGGUCGCAGUUUCACGGUACGCUCGGUGAAGGCCAUCCAGCAUGGGCAGCCGAUAUUUAUCUGCCAAGCGUCCUUCCAGAUGCUGCAGCCGAGUCCCCUGCAGCACCAGUUCACCAUGCCGCAGGUCCCACAGCCUGACGACCUCCUCACUGUAGAGGAGCUUAUUCAUUUGUAUCUCAGUAAACCAGACCUGGCAGAGAAAUCCAAACAAGGCCUUAAUAAACUGCUGGCAAAUGAGGUCCCUAUUGAGAUAAAGCCAGUCAACCCACCACACUUUUACAGAUCUGCUGCAAGCGAGCCGAAGAAGCUGUUCUGGGUGCGAGCACGAGGAUAUAUUGGUGAGGGCAACAUGAAGUUGCAUUGCUGCGUUGCUGCUUAUGUAUCAGACUUUGCAUUCCUGGGCACAGCGCUGCUGCCUUAUCCCAACUACAGAGCCCACUUCUCAGCCUCCCUGGACCACGCCAUGUGGUUCCACAACACUUUCCGCAGCGAUGAGUGGAUGUUGUAUGAGUGUGAGAGCCCGUGGGCAGGGGGCAGCAGGGGACUGGUUCAAGGCCGCCUGUGGAGGAGAGACGGGGUGCUGGCUGCCUCGUGUUCACAGGAGGGCGUCCUGAGAGUGAGGCCAGUCACAGAGUCCAGCAAACUAUAAGCACAUUCACAAGACAUCUUUAAGUUUUAUUUAUUUGAAUUCCAGUCAUUGAAAUUAUGUUUGAUUUUUUAUACAUUAAAUGUUUAAUAUAAUAUAUAAUCAAAGCUAUAUUUUGUAUUUCCAGCUAAUGAAAAAUUAAAAGGUUCUAAUAAAUGAAUGCUUGUGAUUUCUUAGGUGAAAAGUGUUUGCAUGUUUCUCACAAAGAAAAGUUACAUUAAAUUAAAUUAAUGAAUUUGCAUCUUCAUUCAUGCUUAUAUGUAAAAUUCAACAACGUCAAGACCAAAUUCUUCUGUAAGGGUGCAGCUUUAAGUUUUAAAGUGUGACAAUUCUUACAGGUCACUUUUCACGAUGACACAAUAAAGAAAAACAAACUA